CAGUUGCAAGUGUUUCGCGGUGAGCUCAAAACGCUCGCAAUAUUGACUACAACUUGACGAAAGAUCGCGAAAAGUUUCCAACGAAUUAAAGUCAACGAAAUCGUUGAAGUUACUCGCUGGUAAAGUUACUCGCCACAGGAUUAAGUGUAGAAGGUGUUAAGGAUAUUAAAGUGAACAAAAAAAUAAAUAAAUAAAUAAAAUAUUAAAAUAAAAUGUGGCAAAUGUUUAUAAAAAUUGCGCUGCUGUCGCUGCUACUUGAGCAGAAUAUUCGCUGUGAUGCUGCCUCUGUCCUUGGAAACCCCACGAGCAAUGUGCGCCAUUUUCCCCAUGAUUUUUUCUGGGGCGUCGGCUCGUCUUCGUAUCAAAUUGAAGGAGGUUGGAAUGCGGAUGAUAAAGGAGAGUCAAUUUGGGAUUAUCUAACACAUAAAAAUCCUGAAAAGAUUGCCGAUCAAUCCAAUGGCGAUAUAUCUUCCGACAGUUAUCAUCAGUGGCGUCGUGAUGUGCAGAUGGUGAGGGAGUUGCAUGUAACCUCGUAUCGUUUCUCUCUCUCAUGGCCCAGAAUCAUGCCCGGUGGUUAUAUGAACCAUGUUAGCACGGCAGGCAUUAAAUAUUAUAGCAACCUGAUCGAUGAGCUACUCAGAUACAAUAUUACGCCCAUGGUGACCAUCUAUCAUUGGGAGCUGCCUCAGCGAUUGCAGGAAUUGGGAGGCUGGACGAAUCCCGAGAUUAUUCCCGUCUUUAAGGACUUUGCAAGACUGGUGCUCGAGAUGUAUGGAGAUCGUGUCAAGAUCUGGACCACCAUCAAUGAGCCUUGGCAUGUGUGUGAACAUGGUUAUGGAGUAGAUUAUAUGGCACCCUCCUACAAUUUCCCGGGUAUUCCCGCCUAUCUCUGUGGCCACAAUCUCUUGAAGGCUCAUGCGGAUGUGGUGCACAUGUAUCGCAAUGAGUUCCAGCAGCGUCAAGGUGGUCGCAUGGGCAUCACACUGGAUACAUCCUGGCCAGAGCCAAGAGAUCCCGAUUCUGUAGAGGAUCGUGAGGCAUCUGAACGUGCCAUGCAGUUCUAUGUGGGCUGGUUUGCUCAUCCGAUCUUCUCGAAGCAUGGCAACUAUCCCAAAGUAAUGAUCGAACGCAUCAGGAAUCUCAGCAAACAGCAGGGAUUCGGAGACCGUUCCCGUCUGCCCGAAUUCACAUUAGAGGAGAUUCACCAUAUCAAAGGCACCUCCGAUUUCUUUGGCAUCAAUUCGUAUACAAGCAACUUGGUUAACUCCAAUGGCCAUAACAACACUGGCAAGUUUCCCAUACCAUCAUUCAAUCACGACAUGGGCGUUGUCGAGAGUCAAGCUGGCGUGGAUUGGCCCGGCUCGGGAUCUGUCUGGUUAAAGGUCUAUCCUAAGGGCAUGUACAAUCUCUUGAUGUGGAUACAUCGUGAGUACAAUGGACCCGAGAUAAUUGUCACGGAGAAUGGCGUUAGUGAUCGUGGUGGCCUAGAGGAUUACGCCCGCGUAGACUAUUAUAAUCUGUAUUUGUCAGCUGUUCUGGAUGCCAUGGAGGAUGGCGCCAAUGUCAGCGGUUACAUCGCCUGGAGUCUCAUGGACAGCUACGAGUGGAAAGCGGGCUACACGGAGAAGUUCGGCCUCUACCAUGUCGACUUCAGUUCUCCAAAUCGCACACGUACUCCAAAGAUCUCGGCGAUAGUGUUUUCCAACAUCUGCAAGACGAAUACCAUCGACUGGAGCUAUCGACCAAAGUUGGAUGACGAUCAGCUUGUAGUGGCCGCCCGACUGCCCGAAGAGAGUCUAGAGGAGAGUGCAAACUCGGCAGGAAGUCUUAGCUGGAGUCUGACACUUCUGUUGGGCGUUCUGCUGGCGUGGCAGGCCUAAGAGCUGGUGCCACCAGGUGUUGCCAUAUCAAACCCGACUCUUUCCACAUAUUGUUGCAAAGUAUUUUUACUCUUAAUCCCUAAGUUUUUCUAACGAAAUGCUAUUGUAUAUAUAUGUAUAUUUUUAAGAAAAGAACUCAAAAUGAAUAAAAUUUGUUGUGAUAUUUGCGAAAUAAUUAA